AGCGGUUUCUAAGUGCAGCAGCCGAAUGGGUGGCAGGAGAGGGAUUAUCAUUAAGUCACACAAAAACAGGCUACAUGUUAACCCCACACACCAGAGCAGAGGCGUAGCCUCCAUUACAAGGAAGUGUUUCUCUGCACUGAGCUUGAUUGACAGCUGCACAGAGCCUCUCUGAAAGCUACACAAAGUGAAAGAUACACAGACUGAAAACUGCACAGAACCUGAGGUCUUCUAUUCAUCACAGCACUGCAACGAUGCGAGGGUGGAAGUGGUCCCCCCAGCAGCCUUCAGUGAUGUCAUGUCUGCUUGGAAACGCCCACUUUCUCCUGUUGGGAGAUUGCAUUAUGUGAGCAAGAAUAAUGACACCAUCAUGACUUCAAGAUAUUCCUAUCACACCUCAUUGCUUAGGGGACCAUUACAACGAUCCAGACAUGCAAUACUAAAUGUGUUUGAACUAGAAAAGAUCCUAUAUACUGGGAAAACUAUACGAAACCAUGCGGAUGAGGUGUGGCCUGGGCUUUUUUUGGGAGACCAAGCGAUAGCAGCCAAUAGAGGUGAACUAAGCCUGAUGCGCAUCACUCACAUCCUGAACGCAACGCACAGUCGUUUCAGAGGAGGAGAGGAGUACUACAAAGGAAUGCACAUUUUGUACAUGGGUAUAGAUGCUCAAGACUCCCCCACAUUUGACAUGAGUGUGCAUUUCUAUCCGGCAGCAGAUUUUAUUCACCGGGCGCUAAGGGGAAGAGGCAAAAUCUUGGUCCAUUGUGCUGUGGGGGUGAGCAGAUCCGCAACGCUGGUGCUUGCCUAUCUCAUGAUAUACCAUAACAUGACUUUGGUUGAAGCCAUUAAUACAGUAAAGGAUCGGAGAGGGAUCAUCCCCAACCGUGGAUUUCUCCGUCAGUUGCUGGAGCUGGACAGCGCCUUAAGGGGAAAGCGCUAGUACAUUGCUAUCCGUGCAACCAAAUUUCAUUUGCUGUAAUAUAUAUUCCAGGCGAAUGCCUUUAUUGGGUACAUCAUGUUGUAUGAUUGGUAUUUCCUUACAUUUGGUGAGACGAUCUUUAAAAACUAGGAUUUUUCCAUUAUGUUUCCAUCUAUUAUAUGCAAAUGUUAUUUUUUACUUAUGGAUACAUCUAGACAAAAUUGUAAUACACUUAAAGGGGUACUCGGGAGGUAAAUUUUUUUGACUAUGUUGCAUCUUCUUUGUAAGUUUAGUUUUUUUGCAAUAUACAUGUGUUAUAUGUUUUGGCAGCAUGUGUGUGUUUUUCUUACCUGUUUGUUGGGCAGGAAGUUCUGUAGUUCAGA